AUGUCCACCCCCAGCACUAUUGAGUUCGUUUCUCAUCAGGAAGAUGACAAUCAGUUACAUUCCUGGAUGAAGCCAGAUGGUGGUAAAGAUGGGUUGUCAUCAAUUGAUCGGCUGCAGUACUUUCUGCUGAAAGACGAUGCAGACAAUCUGAGGAAAUACCUUGGUGGCUUCAAGAAUGGGAAGAAGUUCAAGGUCAGCAAGACCAGAAUGAUCAACAACUGCUGCCAGUAUUUUGACAAGCAGGGUGUGAAACACACCAGCUCUCAAAUAAAAAGCAAGCUGAUAUAUUUGAUAAUCAAGCAAUAUCCUAUUGCAUUCAAAGCCUGGGAAGACAGCACAAUGAGAAUUAGCAAAGAAGAAAUGUCUCAACGUGAAAAAGAUGAGCUUGAAGAUAUGAAUAUUAUUACUAAGUCAAAGUCACCUGCUGUAUAUAAUACAACAACGCCCUUGGACUUAAACAAAGCCCAAGACAUGAGCAAGGGUGAAGACAGUGAAGAUGGUGAAGAUGGUGAAAAUGAUGGAGGUGACGAAGCCAGUGAGAGCAGCAAAAGCUGCAAAGACCAAGAAGAACAGAGAGCUGAUGUCAGCAAUGAGAUCAGUUCUCAGAGAGAGGCCAUUGUCCAAAGCAAUAGUGAAAGCAGCACCUCUGAGCACUCUGACGCCAGUGCAUACAGUGGCAAAAGACGCCCUAAAUUCUUUGGCAAGAUUGUGAAGAACAUGGCAAAAAGAUCAGUUAAGAGCAUAGAGGAUAUUGGGCAUGGUGUAAAAGAGUUCAAUGAUGCCCAGAUAUUGCUCUUAGAAUCAAAGUACAAGGAAGAGCUCAAGAACCAGAAGGAGAAACUGCAAAAAGAGCUUCAAUGCGAGCAGUGGGUAAAAGGAGUGAUCCUUAUGGCAAAAACAUUUGACUGGUCUGAGGAGAAGACUAAGAAUGAAUUAGAAGAGAUAUAUAAUCAAUACUUUAAUUAA